CGCUCGCUCACCUUAUUAGAGCUAAACACACCAAAGCAAGAAGCGUUGAGUCCUGUGAGACACAAGACUUAAAAUGAUGACAACAUGAGAUAAACUCACCAGAGUAAAGAUAGAAGACAACGUGUCGAAGAGUUCCUCCCUCAGCAAGUUAAUUCACCCCUUCGUUCUCGACUUUUGUUCAAUUUUCUUUGCUCAGUGACACUGCAGUCCUGAGCUCUUCUGUGGAGACAUCACUCGGACUGGAGGGAGGAGCCUAAUGCCUCAGAAAUGUAAAACUAUCAGUUACUGCAACCCCACGCCUUACAGGGAUCCACGGUUACGAGCCUCCAAUCUGGCAUCAGUCUGGAGGUUUACGACCAUGCACCUCAAGCCAUACCCCAAACCACAAAAUAAAGAAAUACAUCGGGAGUCUGUGCAUGAUGGAACACGAGGCCUCCGUGCCAACCAGCAGGGAGUGCUCAGGACAGAGUGGGGCAUUCGCCAGGCAUGUGGCCUAAUGGGCUCAUCUGGCAACGGCACAACCAACCGGUGCCCCCUCAGUGUCAUCUCCACCAACACCCUCCGAUGUAGCAAUAACCAUAAUGCCAACCGUGCAAGCAAUGCACAGACUAGAGUAUGUGGGGCCCGCAAGGGCAAAGCACCCUCGGUCACAUUUACUAGUUCUUUAGUUCUGCUCUCAUCUUCAACUUGUUUGGGGAAUGAAGGCACUCUAAGAAUCUACCAAGAAGAAGAUGGAGAGGGAACUUUGGACAUAUGGGCUGUCAUUAAACCUGGGAACACAAAAGAAAAAAUUGCCAUUUUUGCAGCUCAAAAGUGUGGCAAUGCUUGUGGAAAUAGAAAUGAUAACAGUCCUGAAAAAGAAGGCAUGGCCCUAGAGUUGCGAACUGUCUCGGUGAAAAACAAAGGCUGUUGGGACAGUGACUGGUCUGUGGCCAAGCGCAGGAGAAGGUCCGGUACCCCAGACAAACAGAGAAGUAUGGAAUCUCCACUACCAAAAUCUGAUAAUCACAAAGUAUCCAUGGCCCUCAAUGAGAAUGUUAACCCUUGCCAAGGAAUGGCAGAGGUUGCAGUCAGGACAGAGGGAGAGGAAGGUGGAAAUAUGCUCUCUGUGGUUGAGAUGGUGGCAUACUUGGAGCAAAGAGCCAGCGAUCAGCAGGUGAGCUCCAAACCCCCAUCCUUGCGCAGUACCAGCACUAUUACUUUGUCGAAAGUUGUAUCCAUCCCACAGCCUGAAGAACAGCAGUCUGAAGGCUCAGAAAAGCAAGAGGUCCAAGAGGAAGAGGGGGAAUCUGUGCGGGUUCUGGAUAUGGUGGCCAAGUUGGAGUCACAGUCCCUGAGCGGACAGAGCAUUCAGGAAAAUGGAGACCUUUCUCGAAACAACAGCUUGAGGAGAAAGGUGGGACGAGUGCUUCUGGCAGGGUCAGAUCCUCAUUCACUGCCCUUACAUCCAGUAUCACCUACUAUCCCACAGGAGAAAGUCGAAAGUGUUCCCCAGGAACUGGGUUGUGAUUUGGACAAAUUGAGUUCCCCGUUCAAGACUCCGGAGUUGGCAAAGACAGAGACCUCGCAUUGUGGUCUUUUCUGCUGCACCAUCAAGCAGGAUGAAGGUUCUUGUAUAGCAAAACAGGAAACUUGCACAGCUGUUGAUAUGGUAAUAAACUUGCAGUCCUCGCCAAAGUAUGCCAGCUCUGAGGCUAGUAAAUGCAAUGCAGAACCACAACCAGGCAUGUUGUUCUUUGCCCAAUCUCUACAUCAGACUCUAAAGGAGCAGCACCAGCCCACCUCAGAGAGCAGACUUCUGAACAAAGAGCCUUCUCCACUUGUCCAGGACAGUGACCCUUCUGUGGACACUUCAGUGUCUAUCAGACAGGACAGCAGGGAUGGACUUGGGGGUGACCAAAAUCAUCAAAACAUUGAGGAAACCAUGGGAGAGAAUAGCAUUGUUAGCCGAGAGUCUGUGCCUUGUCCUUUACGCCGCCUUGUGUCUCAUGAAUUUCUUGAAACUCGCUUCAAGAUCCAGCUGCUUCUGGGGCCUCAGCAGUACAUGGCUUUCCUGCCCCACCACAUCAUCAUAAAGAUCUUCUGCUUGCUGCCUACCGAAAGCCUUGCUGCCCUCAAGUGCACCUGCCAUUACUUUAAGUUUAUCAUCGAGAGUUACGGCGUGAGGCCGGCUGACUCUCGUUGGGUAAGUGAUUUACGCUACAAAGAUGACCCCUGUAAGCAGUGCAAGAAGCGCUAUGACCGUGGCGAUGUUUCACUCUGCCGUUGGCAUCAUAAGCCCUACUGCCAGGCUCUGCCCUACGGCCCGGGCUACUGGAUGUGUUGCCGGGGGGCCCAUAAAGACACACCUGGUUGCAACGUGGGACUCCACGACAACCGCUGGGUUCCUGCCCAUUAUAGCAUCAAUAUGCCUAUUUACAAGAAAAGCAGGAACAAUGAUGAGGACUCUUAGUGUGCAUUUUAUUUUCUGUUGAGAGUAAUGUGUGAAUGAGCUGUUUCCUGUGCCUGUGUGUUGCCAAUGAGCAUGUGCGCUUUUUUAAAUGUAUAGUGCUUAAAACCAGGUUGCUUUAACUAAUAUGAAAAUGCUGGAUAUAUGUACUUCUACUCUGCCAACCAAUCACUAACACCCCUAUUGGAUACCCUCCUGAGGUCCUUAAUGUUGUUCUGCACUUUAACCUUUAAAGAUUGAAUGGUUCUAUCUGGGUACUGCUUGACAAUUUUACUUUGAAUAAGCAUUAAUCUUCAUGAGACUAACUUAUUUUCUGAACACCUCUACAAAUGUCACUGCACUGAUGUUGACUUGUGCUGCAACAUAUAAUGUUUGAUAAGCAUUACAGUUAUAUUUAUCUCCCAGCAUACUCAUUUGGCAAUGGGAAAACUUGUAGCGAGGGCAAAAUGAGUUGAAAUAAUUUCUCCUUUUCCUGUUACCAUUGCUAUUACUGCUAACAAUUUAUGGGAUGUUAGGGUGCGCAAUGGCUCUGUGACCUAUUGGUUUUGAGAUUGUUCUGAACCCAGAUGUUUACAUUUGUACAUAGCACAGAAUCCUAUAUAUCAUAACAGGGUGAUGAAUAAUGGCAUGAGUGUGACGUGAAAUGCAUUUAUUCUUAAUAUUGCAAAAAAUGCCUUGUUCUUUUUACGCUAAUUUUUGUAUAGUGUAUUGUGUACAUGUGUAUAUACUUGUGUAUAUACAUGUACUAUGUGAAAUGGUUGCUCCUGUUCUGCAGUGGGAUUCCAUGCUAAACCCCUGUAAAAUUAAGUGUUUAUCUCCCUUGUGUGACGUUUUGUUUCUCUAUGGGAAACAUUUGAAUGUGGGAAGAGAGAAUUUCUCCAUCUUGAUUAACUGAACACCAUCUGAAAAAAAGACGAAUUUCAUUGCAAUAGAAAUGUUUUCCAAAGUGUGUUUCAGAUUUUUCAAAAAGAUUGUUAAUGGCAUUGCUGUGUUCUGCCUGUUAAGGCAUUUUACUUCAAUAAAGUAUAUCUUGGAGUAUUUGUU